AUGUCUGGACGCGGUAAGCAGGGCGGCAAGGCGCGCGCCAAGGCCAAGACCCGCUCCUCCCGGGCCGGGCUGCAGUUCCCCGUGGGACGCGUCCACCGCCUGCUGCGCAAGGGCAACUACGCGGAGCGCGUGGGCGCCGGCGCCCCGGUGUACCUGGCGGCCGUGCUCGAGUACCUGACGGCCGAGAUCCUGGAGCUGGCGGGCAACGCGGCGCGCGACAACAAGAAGACGCGCAUCAUCCCGCGCCACCUGCAGCUGGCCAUCCGCAACGACGAGGAGCUCAACAAGCUGCUGGGCCGCGUCACCAUCGCGCAGGGCGGCGUGCUGCCCAACAUCCAGGCCGUGCUGCUGCCCAAGAAGACCGAGAGCCACCACAAGGCCAAGGGCAAGUGAAGCCGCAGGCGUCUCUGUUCUCCAUUAACCCAAAGGCUCUUUUAAGAGCCAUCCACCUGGUCGCAAAAAAGCUUGUAACGGUCUCCUGCCAGCAGUUAGUCUGAUUCUGAGGUUCCCGCAUUAGGGGCGACACAGCGUUCCCUGGGGCACUCGGGUCAGGUUUGAGCCUUACUUCCCAAGUUCUGGAGGAAAGUGCGUUUGCAGUGCUUUGCAGAUUGACUUGGACUCAUGAUAGGGUCCCUUGUUUGGCUCUCAGGAUUUACCGGAUUAGUGACACAUUGCUGUCCCCAGGGCACUCUGCACAGUUUUGGGGUUAACAUUCCAAGUUCUGAAGGAAAGUGCGUUUAUGUUGCUUCUCAGACGCCUGAUAGGGUCCCUUGUUUGACUCAGAAGUCAACGGACUACACACUAGGGUCCCCAGGGCACUUAGGACAGUUCUGGGCGUUAAGUCUGACCAAUGUCACAUUGUGGUCUCCAGGGCAGUCUGAUCACUUUUGGGGAGAGAUCAGUAAACCCCAAGAUCUGAGGGGAGGGGCGUUUGCAGGUCGUGCACAUUGGCGGGAUCACGGAUGCGCACAGACACCCCGACGCUGGUGUGGGCAGGAAGCCGGGAGAGCUCUGGUGGGCUCAGAGA